ACACUGUUUCGCACCUCAUGGCAUCCUCGUUGACCAUCUCUUCAUCAUCUUUUUUCCUCUCUUGCUGCCGUCGCACGAAUCGUUUCACGAACUUUCAGUAUCACCGUCCCCUUCCCUCUCUUCGCUUUCAGACUUCUCAACUCCGUUAUCGUCUCCGGGCUUCCACUGGAUUCUCCAACUUCUCACAGGAAAGUGAUAAUUUGGUCGCCGAUCCGCGCCAUUGGAGCGCCACUGCCGUCGUCGCCAACUAUUAUGUGGAUGACCAUGAUUCCGACGAUGAUGACGACGAAGAAGACCGUAGCUUGGAUUUACUCGUUCGGUUUGCUCAAAACAUGUUCCGCAAGAUCUCCAGGCGAGCCAGGAAGGCCGUCCGAUCCGUCCUUCCUGUUUCCAUCUCCACCAAAUUGGUGGGAUUUUCUGUUAAUGGGGUCAUAAUAUUGGCAUUCUUGUGGUUUUUGAAGGCAUUUGUUGAGGUGGUCUGCACACUUGGAAGCAUAGUUUUUAUAAGCAUCUUAUUUAUUCGUGGGGUUUGGUCUGGAGUAUCCUAUUUACAGGAAAACCACAACCGUAACUCUAGCAAUAUUGACGACCAGUCCCACAUAUGGACGGGUGCACAACCUUUGACUUAGUUUGAUACUUCACCAUAUGAACUUCUAGAGCAAGAAAGAUGUAUAAAGGAUGAUCUAGAAUGGCAAGUCAUCACACCUGUAGAAAUUCAUGUAUUUUUUAAGGUGACAUAAGAAAGAACAAGAAGGUACCAUCUGCGGAGAAAACCGUCUUGAUGGUGAUUGCUGGUGUAGAAAAUUGAGGUUGAUUUUUGUCAAGAAGCCCGAAACAAGCUACUUUCAGUUGCGACUAAUCCAAACUAGAUAAAAGCAGAGUUCAUUUGUAUGGU